AUGCUAAAUCCUUCUCAACUGAAACGUCGUACCGAGAAAUUCUUGAGUGAGUCUUCUGAAGAAAAUACUGAUCUUCGAGAACUGCAACGUCGUGCCAAAAAGUUGUUAACUGAGCCGUCAAAAGAAAUUGCUCACCUUCGAGAAUACGUCUCUGGGAAAAAACCAUCAACAACUGCCACUACUUUUACUUCCAGUGUAAGUACCCAUAUUCCGAUUCGAAACAUUGGCCCAAAAAGUCAGUUCACCGAACGUGUACGUAUUUCUUCAACGGGAGCUGGUUCUGAACGAAUGAGUUUUAAUACCAGCGAUUCUGAUGCAUUUGCAUCACAAAGUCUUCCAUCUUCACAGAUCAGAAGCCCUCGAUCAGAGCCCAGAACCAGUGCUUCGAAAUGCUUCUCAGAUACGGAUUCUCCUGACAGCUUUCGUAUGGGCUCAGAAACGUAUCCAGUCCACAAAACGACAACUAAAACAACUCGAACUGAGCGAGUCUAUUACUCAUUACCACCUGAAUCACCGACUAGCCCUCACUCGAUGAAGAUUUCUAGUGAACAGUCUCAGUGUUCGACAACACCACAAACAAAUCGAGCAGGUAUGAAAGUUAGUUCACGUCUAUCACGUCCAUCAGCUAUACCUACUCUCAUUCGAAAUACCUCAUCGGCUGAUAGUCACUUACCUUCAUGGAGCAUUAGAAGUGGUGAUGUUGGAGAGUAUGCACGUGAUGCUACUCAGUCAAGUCCUAUUGUUGCACGAUCCACUUAUGUCGCCAGGAAAUGGGUUUCUUCGUCAACUGGCUCAUCGCCUACAUCGUUGGAACGACCGUCGAAAGUGCCUAAACCUUCGAUCAGGUCACCUUUAUCACCAACACAAUACCGUACAGCAAUGACAGCAACCAGCACUCAUUCGUCGCCAGGUCGAGGAUUCCCAGCAAAUAUUCAACAGUCGACAAAUCUCUCCGAUUUCGAUAUCACUCCUUCUGAAGGCACCAUAUCGCUGCUAUCGGAAAAUGGCCAUGAUCAAGCUACGAAUCCAACACUGGCAUCGAGCCCUACGAAAACUAUAACUCAUGUAAGAAUUGCUCAGCAGCCUGCAGCUGUAUAUACAACUGUCUCUGGAGGUAAAACUAAGAGUCGAUUACCUGAUUCUGAAAUGACUGUCUCGCACCAACAGAAGAUAUCUUCUUCACUAACUGGCGAUGAAAUUGACAAGAAACCACUUGACGUAGUAUNCUCAUUGAAACCAACCGAUGAAAUCAAUUUUCAACCGUUAGACUCUGCGAUUCGAAUUCAUUCAACGUUAGGAAGUAAGCUACCAAAUUUGCAAACAAUCACUCACACUCAGAUUGAAUCUGAAACUUCACCUGUGAGCAGUAAAAUGGUGUCUAAUGAACGGCUGAAACCAUCUCCAAAUGCAAUAAGACAGGCAGAAAUUGAUCAAUCAAUAGAAGAGACCCCUACGAAGAUUCCGUCUCCACCAGUUACCAAAUCAUUAAGACCACCUAUUCCACCGAGGAGACCAUUGCUGAAGCAUUCUAUUGCUACUGCGGGUGACACUUCAACUGGAAUUCCUGCGAAUGAAGUUGAAAAAGAAAUGCAAUUCAAAGCUUCAAAAGCACUCAAUGCCAUGGGAUCGCCUGUACCAUCGACUGGAACACCUCAAAAAUAUGAUUUACCUCAACAGAUAGCUGCAUUCAGCAAUGAAAAUGAGGAUACUUCAAAUGAGAUUGUAAAACAUCGAGAACCUGUUCUAACUUCAACGCCUUCGCCAAUUUCACAUACACACGGUUCUGAAAAUGUAAUUAAAGUAAGUGAAGUUCAGAUAACUUCCCCAGUAUCAUCAUCUCUAUCGUGGGCGGUAAAUGUACCAACUGCUAUAAAUACUGAUGUAAAGAUUACUGAACAGCAUGAUGAAGAGGUCGAUAAAAUCCCAUCGAAAUCAUCCACCAUCACACCAGUACGACUGAAUGAUGACCAGUUCCGACAAACAUCAAGUAUCAAUAUAUCAUUUCAGGAUGCAAAUGCAUCCAAUAAGUCUCCAUACGUUGACAGCUCUGAUAGAGACAUCACUUUUCAACCAUCUGCCGAUAUUAUCCAAUUACACGUGCCAUCUGAAACGCGUUCUGAUUUUAAGAUUCUCCCUUGCGAUGUUAAUGAAGUUUCUGGCGAACGGGAUUCAUCACCGUCAGCACAGGCUCCACUGCUUAGACCUAAAGCCGCAGAAAGUACCACGAUCCAUCAUCAUCCACAGCUGUUAACGUCCGUAAUACGUCAGACCAUAAUGAAACCAUCUUGUGAACCUAAUGCGGAAUCUGGAAUGGAUAAGCAACGCCAGCAGGUACCCUCUUCAUUGCGGAUUUCAUCUACCGAUGCCACUGGCAUACCAAAUGAUCAGACUCCAAUGAAACCAUCUUGUGAACCUGACGCCGAAUCUGAAAUGGAUAAGCAACGCCAGCAGGUACCCUCUUCAUUGCAGAUUUCAUCUACCGAUGCCACUGGCAUACCAAAUGAUCAGACUCCAUUGAAACCAUCUUAUGAACCUGACGCCGAAUCUGAAAUGGAUAAGCAACGCCAGCAGGUAUCCUCUUCAUUGCGGAUUUCAUCUACCGAUGCCACUGGCAUACCAAAUGAUCAGACUCCAGUGAAACCAUCUUACGAACCUACUGCCGAAUCUGAAAUGGAUAAAGAACGGCAAUACGUAUCAUCUUCAUUGCGACUUUCAGCGACCAAUGCCGCUGAUAUACCAAGUCAUCAGACAACCCCCAUUAAGCCAACUGAUCAAGCUUCUGAUAUUGCUGGUUUGAAUCAAAUCAGUUCAUUGCGAGAGCUUGCUACGAAAGCAGUAUCGCCGUCAUCUCUUACGGAAAAAAGCUUAAAUGAAAAUUCCGUAGAAGUAGCAAAAGCCAAUGGAGAUGCAACUGAUGAGCAGUCAUCACCAUACGGUACUCAUACGAGUGGUAUUGAAUCAAGAAUUCGAAAUCUAAUAGACGAGCGUGAGAACGUUCAGAAGAAGACAUUCACAAAAUGGGUUAACUCACAUCUGGUACGUGUGAACUGCAAAAUUCACGAUCUUUACAUGGAUAUGCGUGAUGGUAAGAUGCUCAUCAGACUCCUCGAGGUGUUGUCUGGCGAAAGGCUUCCAAAACCAACGAGAGGCAAAAUGCGGAUCCAUUGUCUGGAAAAUGUGGACAAAGGCUUACAAUUUUUGCGCGAUCAGCACGUACAUCUGGAGAAUCUUGGAUCACAUGACGUCGUGGAUGGCAACCCUCGACUCACUCUCGGCCUCAUUUGGACCAUCAUUCUACGUUUUCAGGUCAUUUCUUCUUAUCGAUCAUCUCGACACUUAUUAUCGACUUUCCUCAAACCAAUUUUGACUCCCAAACGGAGAUCAGCCCAUAUUAAAGGCUGUUUCAUUCAAUGGAACCAUUUCCGUUUAUCAGUCGGCAACAUCCUUCUGGAUGUGUCAUUAGUUGCAUGA